UUCCGUUCUUUCCUUGUCAACCUCUCUCGCUUUUGGCGACCUAGCAGGCAUGUCAGACACCAAGGAAAAGAUCCCGGAUCCCGUUGGGGGCUCUCAGGAGCCCAUCGACGACGAGGAGAAGUUGACGAAGGAUGGUCUUGAGUCUACCGAGACCCUCGACGACGUCCAACAGCUGAAGAAGACGGAGGAACUCGAGGCCCGUCUUGCCAGCGGUGAGGCUACCGAAGACGAGUACAGGGUUGAGACGGCACACGACAUCGCUAUCAAGGUUCUGAGCACACGAGACGAUGUUGAUCUCCCUAUCCUCACAUUCCGCAUGUUCUUCCUCGGUCUUGGUUUCUCAGCCUUUGGAUCGGUUUUGGCGCAGCUAUACUACUUCAAGCCUCAGACACUUUCGGUUUCUCAAGGGUUCCUUCUGAUUGUUACAUACUUCGUCGGAAAACUAUGGGAAAAGGCCAUCCCCCAAAAGGGUAUCCUGAAAUGGAUUAACCCUGGGCCUUUCAACAUCAAGGAGCAUGCUGCGGUCAUCAUCAUGGCUUCUACCGCUAGCUCUUCAGCGACGGCUAUUCAAGUUAUCUCGGUUCAAGACUUGUACUAUAACAACAAAGUCAACCCUGGAAUCGCCAUCUUCACUCUCCUGGCAUCCCAACUGAUCGGUUAUGGCUUUGCUGGUCUUCUGCAAGAGGCUCUCGUCUAUCCGUCUAUUUGCUUCUGGCCUGCGAACAUUAUGUCCGCCAAUAUGUUCCAAGCCUUGCACUUCGACGGCGGUCUCAACAGCAAGCGCACCAAACUGUUCUGGGGUGUCUUUGCCGCCGUUUUCUGCUACGAGAUCAUCCCUCAAUGGAUGUUCCCUCUCAUGACUGGCUGGACGAUCUUCUGCCUGAUAGAUCACAAGCAUGCUGCUAUCCGCAACAUCUUUGGAGGGGCUAGCAACAACGAAGGCAUGGGGUUGUUCGCAGUAUGCCUGGAUUGGAACUUGAUUACCUCUACCAAUCUGUACCUCCCGCUCUGGACACAAAUCAACGAAGAUAUUGGUAUCUGCUUUACAUAUAUCCUUAUGUGUGCGGUCUACUACGGCAACGUCUGGCGUGGACAAACAUUCCCCUUCAUGUCCCAAGCCCUCUUUGAUUCUGACGGCAAUGAGUACAACCAGACUGCGAUUCUUACGGACGGCAAGUUCGACGCGGAGAAGUAUGCGGCAGUCGGCCCGGCAUGGUUCUCAUCCACGAACGCCCUCAGUCUCAUCACGCAGAACUUGGCCAUGGGUGCGACCACCAUGCAUGUAGCUUUAUUCUAUUGGAAAGAGAUCAAGCCGUUUAUCUUGUCGCUCAACCCAUGGAACAAGGAGGUAUUCAUCGUCCACGACGAACAUUACAUCAAGAUGCAACGCUAUAAGAAGGUCCCCCGUUGGUGGUUCCUUGCCCUCCUUCUUGUUGCGUAUGCAAUGGCGCAGGCAACCGAUUACACAGGACAUUCACACUUCUCGUGGUGGGCGUUGACUAUUAUUCUUAUCUUGUCAUUGGUCUUCACGGCGGUCUACUCGACAACAUCCGCUAUCUUGGGCUUCAAGGAGUUUGGUGGAGGUCUCAACGGUUUCUAUGAAAUGCUUGCAUCAUAUAUGGCUCCGGGAGACCCUGUCGCCAACAUGUACGCAGCGCUGUAUGGUGGGCAGCCUACUGUACAAGGCAUCCGACUUCUUCAGGAUUUGAAGCUUGGCCAGUACAUCAAAAUUCCGCCUCGCGUCAACUUCGUCGUCCAGAUCUUGGGGUGCAUCGUUGGUGCCAUCUUGAACUAUGUCAUGAUGCUGUCCAUCAUUGAUGCUCAACGUCCCGCUCUCCUGUCCAUCUCGGGUACCCGUCUUUGGUCCGGACAGAACGCGCAGAGCUACAACUCUAAUGCUAUCGCUUGGGGUGCCUUAGGCCGCCAAAUGUUCAGCGCUGGGUCUACUUACUGGAUGGUCCCCGCAGCUCUCGGUUUUGGUUGCUUGUUGCCUAUCCCCGGUUACAUUCUACAUCGCUUUUACCCAAAGAACACCUUUUUCGCCAACUUCAACACGGGUAUCGUCGUCCAGUACUCGUGUUAUCUCUCUGUUGGUGUCAACACCCAGGUCAAUACCUCGAUGGCCAUUGGUUUGAUUUCGCAACUUUGGCUCCGUAAGAAGUACCCAAGGUGGUUCACCAAGUACAACUAUAUCGUCGCUGGUGCCCUUGAUGGUGGAACUCAAGUUAUUAGUUUCAUCCUCAACUUGGCCGUGUUUGGUGCCGUUGGGGACGCGCAUUCCUUCCCGGAAUGGUGGGGUAACGAUCUCAAGUAUGGCGCGGAUAGAUGCCUGGCUCCCGCAUAAGUCUUGAGGUGCAGUCAGGUACAAUAUGUAGCGCGGUUGUAAUACAGUCAUUCUUCAUCGGGAUUGUUACACUAGUUUCGUCAUGUUAUUUUGAUCGUGCAUACCUUUUGUCUAAAGACAUUCGUGGUCGUCAUCUCUGUUACCACUGAAAAAAGCUUCGUCUUCUUCGAAGUAGUAUGUUGAGAUCAAAGAGUCGU